AUGGCUGACAAAAAGUUAACGGAGGUCGACCUGGUGACCCGUAUGCAGGUUGACGACUCCGUCGUAGGGCUGACCGAGAUCGACGAAUCCCUCUACAGUCGCCAGCUCUAUGUUCUAGGCCACGAGGCCAUGAAGCGCAUGGGCGCCUCGAAUGUUCUGAUUGCCGGUCUCAAGGGAUUAGGUGUCGAGAUUGCCAAGAAUAUUGCUCUUGCCGGAGUCAAGAGUCUCACACUCUACGACCCUGGCUUGGUCUCCCUUGCCGAUUUGUCCUCACAAUUCUUCCUCCAUCCGGAAGAUGUUGGAAAGCCCAGGGAUGAGGUUACGGCUCCUCGAGUCGCCGAGUUGAACGCAUACACACCGAUCAAGGUCCACCAGUCGUCCAACUUGGGCGAGAACCUCUCCCAAUUCGACAAGUACCAAGUUGUCGUCUUAACUAGCCUUCCUCUGAAACUGCAGACUCUUAUUGGCGAUUACUGCCACUCUAAAGGCAUUUACGUCGUUGCCGCCGACACGUUCGGUCUAUUUGGCUCCAUAUUCUGUGACUUUGGCGAGAACUUUACCGUCAUCGACCAGACUGGUGAAAGCCCCUUGAGCGGAAUAGUCGCCGGCAUUGACGAGGAGGGACUCGUCUCUGCUCUUGACGAGACCCGUCAUGGACUUGAGGAUGGGGACUAUGUCACAUUUUCUGAGAUUGAGGGUAUGGAAGGCUUGAAUGGAUGCGAGCCUCGCAAGAUCACUGUUAAGGGCCCGUACACAUUCUCGAUCGGCGAUGUUUCCGGUCUUGGCCAGUACAAGCGCGGAGGUCUCUACCAGCAGGUCAAGAUGCCCAAGUCUAUCAACUUCAAGAGCAUCACCGCUGCGAUUAAGGAGCCUGAAUUUGUCAUGUCUGACUUUGCCAAAUUCGAUCGCCCCCAGCAGUUGCAUCUUGGUUUCCAGGCUCUCCACGCGUUUGUGGAGAGCCAGGGCCGCUUCCCCAACCCCUUGGACGAUGGAGAUGCCACGGUAAUCCUCCGCUCCGCAGAGGAGUUCGCCAAGGCCGAAGGCCUCGAGGUUGAGUUCGACGAAAAGCUGAUCAAGGAGCUGAGUUAUCAAGCUCUUGGCGAUCUCAACCCCAUGGCAGCUCUGUUUGGUGGAAUUACUGCGCAGGAGAUUCUCAAGGCCGUUUCCGGCAAGUUCCAGCCCAUCAAGCAGUGGAUGUACUUCGACUCGCUCGAGUCUCUUCCGACUAGUACUGCACGUACUGCGGAGCUCUGCAAGCCGUUGGGCACUCGAUACGACGGACAGAUUGUGGUUUUCGGUCGCGAGUACCAAGAGAAGAUCGCCAACUUACGCCAGUUCCUUGUGGGUGCGGGUGCCAUCGGAUGCGAGAUGCUCAAGAACUGGGCCAUGAUUGGCCUGGGUACCGGCCCCAAGGGCAAGAUCACGGUUACCGACAUGGAUUCCAUCGAGAAGAGCAACCUCAACCGUCAGUUCCUAUUCCGCGCCAAGGAUGUCGGCAAUAUGAAGAGCGAUUGUGCGGCAGCAGCCGUUCAGGCCAUGAACCCUGACCUUAACGGCCACAUCGUCUGCCUGAAGGAUCGCGUAAGUCCUGAGACUGAGGAGACCUUCAACGAACAGUUCUGGAACGACCUAGAUGGUGUCACAAAUGCACUUGACAACGUAGAGGCGAGAACAUACGUUGACAGACGUUGCGUGUUCUUCCGCAAGCCUCUCCUUGAAAGCGGCACCCUCGGAACCAAGGGUAAUACUCAGGUUGUGCUCCCACAUCUCACUGAGUCCUACUCCUCCUCUCAAGAUCCUCCCGAGAAGGAAUUCCCCAUGUGCACCGUGAAAAGCUUCCCCAACAAGAUCGAACACACCAUUGCCUGGGCAAAGGACCAUAUGUUCGAGAAUCUCUUCAUCACGUCUUCUUCGACUGUCAACCUCUAUCUGACGCAGCCCAAUUACAUCGAGGCCACAUUGAAACAAGGCGGCAGUGCUAAGUUGACUCUGGAGACGCUCCGCGACUACCUGACUACCGAUCGCCCGCGUACAUUCGAAGACUGUAUCGCAUGGGCACGGAUUUUGUUCGAGAAGGAGUUCAACAACAAGAUCCAACAACUUCUGCACAACUUUCCCAAGGACUCGACAACCUCCAGUGGCACUCCCUUCUGGUCUGGUCCCAAGCGGGCCCCUGAUCCGCUCAAGUUCGAUGCCAAGAACCCUACUCACUUUGCGUUUGUUGUGGCUGCUGCCAAUCUGCAUGCAUUCAACUACAACAUCAAAUCCCCUGGCACUGACAAGGACAUUUAUCUGCGUGAGCUUGAAAAUGUGAUUGUGCCUGACUUCUCGCCUGCGGAAGGCGUCAAGAUCCAGGCCAAUGAUAGCGACCCUGACCCGAACGCCGAGGGCGGAGAGGGCAGCUCUUUCGACGACAACAAUGAGUUACAGAAGAUCAUUGCCAGCCUGCCAUCUCCUAAUGAUCUGGCCGGCUUCCAACUCCAACCUGUAGACUUUGAGAAGGACGACGAUUCCAACCAUCACAUCGACUUCAUCACGGCUUGCAGCAACCUGCGCGCUGCCAACUACAAGAUUGAGCAGGCUGACCGUCACAAGACGAAGUUCAUUGCUGGAAAGAUCAUUCCUGCUAUUGCGACAACCACAGCUCUCGUCACAGGUCUGGUCAUCUUGGAGCUGUACAAGGUCAUCGAUGGCAAGCAGGAUCUAGAGCAGUACAAGAACGGCUUCAUCAACUUGGCAUUGCCAUUCUUCGGGUUCAGCGAGCCGAUUGCAAGCCCGAAGGUGGAGUUCAAGGGCCCGAACGGUAUCGUCAAGCUAGACAAGAUCUGGGAUCGCUUCGAAGUGGCAGAUAUCACGCUGAAGGAGCUUCUCGAGCACUUCGAGAAGCAAGGUCUCAGCAUUUCUAUGCUCAGUUCAGGCGUCAGCUUGCUGUAUGCCAGCUUCUUCCCUCCUGCCAAGUUGAAGGACCGCCAGAACCUGAAACUGAGCCAGCUGGUGGAAACUGUCUCUAAGAAGCCUAUUCCCUCUCACCAGAAGGAGGUCAUCUUUGAGAUGGUGGCAGAAGAUGUUGACGGCGAGGAUGUUGAGGUUCCGUACAUCAAGAUGAAGAUGGCCUAA